UCUAAUGUACGAUUCGAAAACCUUGUAUUCGGACGUAAAUUCGAUAAAAUCAAUUAAUUCCCAUAAAUAAAUGUGUCAACAAAUGUGUAUUUUAGAACUCUGUCGUUUUUAAUAGAAGCAGAGAAAACAGCAAUGACUAGCAUUCCAGAUAACGCACCACAUCAAUGUCCCGGAACGCAAAGCGAGGACGCGGGCAAGGCUUCUGCAUGUGCCGGCUGCCCAAACCAGAAUAUUUGUGCUUCAGGUGUACCAGCAGGACCAGACCCUGCUGUUGAAUUAAUCAAAAACCGACUUGCAAAUGUGAAGCACAAAAUACUUGUGCUGUCAGGCAAAGGUGGAGUGGGCAAGAGCACUGUCACAUCUCUGUUGGGGCAUGGACUUGCUAAAUUGAAUCCAGAUCUCAAUAUAGGUAUUUUGGACGCGGACAUCUGCGGGCCGAGCCAGCCACGCGUGCUUGGCGUCCGCGGCGAACAAGUCCACAAUUCUGGAUCUGGAUGGUCACCAGUGUAUGUUACAGACAACCUCUCGUUAAUGUCAAUCGGAUUCUUGCUGGGCAGCCCCGACGACGCGGUCAUCUGGAGAGGGCCUAAGAAAAACGGUAUGAUCAAGCAGUUUCUCAGUGAAGUGGACUGGGGGGAUUUGGAUUAUUUACUAAUCGAUACACCUCCAGGCACGUCGGACGAGCACCUGUCGCUGGUGCAGUACCUGGCGGGCGCGGGCGCGACGGGCGCCGUGCUGGUGACCACGCCGCAGGAGGUGGCUCUGCUGGACGUGCGCAAGGAGAUCCAGUUCUGCCGCAAGGUGGGCCUGCCCGUGCUCGGAGUGGUCGAGAACAUGGCGCUCUUCGUGUGCCCCAACUGUAAGUCCCGCAGCGAGAUCUUCCCCGCCACGACGGGCGGCGCCGCCCACAUGUGCGCCGCGCUGCAGGCGCCGCUGCUGGGCGCGCUGCCGCUGGAGCCGCAGUUGGCGCGCUGCUGCGACUCGGGCCGAGACUUCCUGCUCGAGAUGCCCCACUCGCCCGCCGUCGCGGCGCUGCAGAGCAUCGUUAAACAAAUAGUGUCUACCUGCGAAAGUUAAACACAUUGUGAAUUGUUCGUCUAACGUGAAGCUUCAUUGCGCCGCUGAAAUCUGUUUUUUAUCGCCACAUAUUUGAUAUGUGAGGCAGAGGGGCUAGGCUCAGUGUAGCUGUAAAGUUAUGUAAAAUAUUAUAAUUUGAAAUAUUUGUAAAAUAUUUACAGUUUAUUAUACACGUGCCUACUCUAUGUACAAAUGUUUACCUACUGUAGAGAUAUAUAUUAUUAAAGAAUAAGU